UUGAGGGGAAAGAUCUUGUUCUUCUCGGCAAGAAGACCAUCAUAAACAUCGAAGAGAUGACGCAGGCCGGCCCCUUCUUUGUCGGCGUGGACGUUGGCACAGGGAGUGCGCGAGCGGCGCUGGUCGACGAGACGGGCAGCAUCCUCUCCGAGUCGACGCACGCCACGACGACGUUCCGCAGCGACGCCGACGCCCGCAUCUUUGAGCAGUCGACGGACCAGAUCUGGUCGUGCAUCUCGUCUGCUGUCCGCGAGGUGACAAAAAAUGUCGAUGCGAGCCAAGUGAACGGCAUCGGCUUUGAUGCGACAUGCUCCCUGGCUGUGACGGACCAAGAGGGACGGCCCAUCGAGGUGACGCCCGAUGGCGGCUUUGGCGUGGGCAAGGAGAGGAAUGUGAUCCUGUGGGCGGACCACCGUGCUGAGCAGGAGGCCAAGGAGAUCAAUCAGACGGGCAGCAUGGUGCUCAACUACGUAGGCAAGACAAUGUCGCUCGAGAUGGAGAUCCCAAAGGUGCUCUGGCUCAAGCGCCACAUGCCUGCCUCAACAUUUGCCUCGUGCAUGUUCUUCGACCUGCCCGACUACCUCACCUUCCGCGCGACGGGCAACAAGGCGCGGUCCAACUGCAGCCUCGUCUGCAAGUGCUCCUACGUGCCGCCGGGCGUCGAUGGCUCCGAGCUCGGGUGGCAGCCCGACUUUUUCAAGAAGAUUGGGCUCGAGGACAUGGUCGCAAACGACUUUGAGCAGCUCGGUGGCAUCCCCGGUCGCAACGGCAUCGUCCUGACGGCGGGCCAGCCCGUGGGCACGGGCCUCUCUGCUCAGGCGGCAAAGGACCUGGGACUUGCCCAAGGCACGCCCGUGGGAUCUGGCCUCAUCGAUGCUUACGCCGGCUGGGUCGGCACCGUCGCUGCACCAUCGACCAACGGACCGGCAUCCAAGGAGACCGACCUACUGGCCUCGCAGCACAGGCUCGCCGCCAUCGCCGGGACGAGCACGUGCCACUGCGUGCAGAGCCCCGAGGGCAUCCUCGUCGAUGGCGUCUGGGGCCCCUACAAGCAUGCCGUCUUUCCCGGCCUCUGGAUGAACGAGGGUGGCCAGAGCUCGACGGGCCAGCUCAUCGAUUUCAUCAUCGACACUCACCCGGCCUCUGCCAAACUCACUGCCCUGGCAAAGGAGCGAGACCAGUCCGUCUUUGUCGUCCUCGAGUCCAUCCUCCGCGAGGAAGCGACUCGGAUGGGCGCACCCACGCUCUCCCACCUCACCAAGCACCUCACCAUCUACCCGGAUCUGCACGGCAACCGAAGCCCGUUGGCCGACAGCACGAUGCGAGGCCUCUUCUCUGGUCUCAAGCUCGACCGCGGCCUCGUGGACCUGGCGACGAGAUACUAUGCGACGCUAGAGGCCAUUGCGCUGCAGACGCGCCAGAUCGUCGAGGCAAUGAACCAAAAGGGCCACAAGAUCGAGGCUCUGUACAUGUCGGGCGGCCACGUCAAGAACCGGACAUUCAUGCAGCUCAUGGCCGACACGCUCAAGAUGCCCGUGCAGCUGCCCUUUAGCCACUCGGCGUCCGUCGUCGCCGGCAGCGCCAUCCUGGCCCGGUACGCCCACGACGUGCAGCAGACGCUUGCGGGCUCGACGCUGGCGACGCAGCGUGCCGCCGAGGAGGCCAGCUACGCCCACCGGGACCAUCUCUGGGAGCUCAUGGUGAAAAUGACAAAGCCGGGCACCUUUGUCUUUCCCGAGCAAAAGGAUAACAUCGACCGGCUGCUCGAUGCAAAGUACAAGGUCUUUUUGGAGGCCAUUGACACUCAGAGACGAUGGCGCGCCAUCGUCGACGAGGCCGUGUGAGGUGCAAGGAAGAGCACAUCCAUUGUUACAUAUAGAUCAGAUCUCAAAAGAAUGGGGGAAACGCAAUAGAAGUAGUAGUAGUAGCAUUUGCAGAUGGGAAUGAUAGAGCG